AUGAGCCGGGCUUUAGAUCCUCCAGAAGGCUGACUCUGAAAACUCUCCCUGUGACCUCCUGAUGCCGGGAUUGGCAAACCAUUUCUUUUAAGCCUCUGAGUUCCUUCCUUAAAAGAAAACCUGUCCACAAGUAAAGUGAAUGAGCAGGGAAGUGCCCAGAACAUGUCUUCUUAAUUUAUGAUGUUUUUGUUUUGCAAGGAUCUGGGGUGAAGCUGAGACCAAGGUGUCACUCCCCGCCCCCCCCUUCUCCCCUCCCUGGGAUUCAAAUGCCUGACAUGACACCCUGGAUUCAGGGAUUCCAUCACAGGGCAGAGGGAGCUUUGCCCCCGACCCCAGGUUGCACACCUAGAGUUUUGCAGGUGAAGCAAGUGGGGCUGGCUCAGGGCUGAGUUCCCAGCCAGGACUCUAAGGGCCAGGGACCAUCCCGAGUGUAAGCGUGUGCACUGUGGGAGCAGGGCACUGUGGGGAGCUGGGGCCGCCCCUUCUUUGGGUCCUCAGCACUGAACACAGGGAGAGGGUGACAGCACAGAGCAGCAUGGCAUGCCUCCACCAUCUCAGAAAGCCCUGCUGGACCUAACUGGCUGGAUCUCCCCGCCUCCCUGAGAACCUGUUAGCAAUGCAGAUGGUCAGGCACCUGCGCCUCACGGGGCAGGGGCGGGGGCUGGGGUCUGGCCCCGUGAGCCCACCUGAUGCAGCCAGAGUCAGAAGACAGAGGCUGAGUAAUGGGAAAGUCUUUUGAUUCUUGAGUUUCAUUUCUGGGGCAGGCUGUUAGUUUCAUUUCCUUCCCCACUGGGAAAGGGAGGUACACCAAGGAGAGCCUGUCCUAUAAAAGGGAAGCCAACCCCGGGGGGACGAGCCAUAGAUGCUGUGCUGGUCUCCAUACGUUCAGCGGGUGCUCAGAGCGUGCCAAGAAGAUUGAGGAGCUGAGCAGUGGAGAUUGAAGCCACCAGCUCACCUGGGCAUUAGCUGAUGCCUAAACCCCGCAUGUCGUGGCCUUACCAACGUCAUAGGCAGGCUUCUUCCCCACCUCAUCCCCACAAAGAAAUGAAUUUCUUCCCGCAGCAGCCUUUGCCCCUGGGCGCAGCCCCAGGGCAGAUGACCUUCCCCCUAAACUGGCAGAUGGGUGGGAAGGACCUCACCAAGGGCCUAAAUAUGCCGACCUUGAGCCCUCAGCAGCCAGGGGGAAAGAGUGGCCAGCAGACGUCAAAGGGGCCCGAGAACAACCUGUACAGCCCGUUCGAGGAGAAGGUGCGGCCCUGCAUCGACCUCAUCGACUCGCUGCGGGCCCUGGGCGUGGAGCAGGACCUGGCCCUGCCCACCAUCGCCGUCAUCGGGGACCAGAGUUCGGGCAAGAGCUCCGUGCUGGAGGCCCUGUCGGGGGUCCCUCUCCCCAGAGGCAGCGGAAUCAUCACCAGGUGUCCGCUAGCACUGAGGCUGAAAAAGAAGGAGUGCCCGUGGCAGGGGAGGAUCAGCUACCGCAAAGUGGAGCUCCAGCUGCAAGACCCCUCCCAGGUGGAGCGGGAAAUACGCAAAGCCCAGGAUGCCAUCGCUGGGAGCGGAGUUGGCAUCAGCCACGAGCUCAUCAGUCUGGAGGUCACCUCCCCUGAGGUGCCAGACCUGACCCUCAUCGAUCUUCCCGGCAUCACCAGGGUGGCCGUGGGCAACCAGCCCCAGGACAUCGGACUGCAGAUCAAGGCGCUCAUCAAGAAGUACAUCCAGGAGCAGCAGACCAUCAACCUGGUGGUGGUGCCCUGCAACGUGGACAUUGCCACCACGGAGGCGCUGCGCAUGGCUCAGGAGGUGGACCCCGAGGGAGACAGGACCAUCGGGAUCCUGACCAAACCAGAUCUGGUGGACAAGGGCGCCGAGAAAGUUGUCCUGAAUGUGAUGCAGAACCUCACAUACCAUCUCAAGAAGGGCUACAUGAUAGUGAAGUGCCGCGGACAGCAGGAGAUCUUGAACAAGCUGAGCCUGGCCGAGGCAACCAAGAGGGAAAUCGCAUUCUUUCGCUCGCAUCCGCACUUCAGAAUCCUGCUGGAGGAAGGAAAGGCCACGGUGCCUCGUCUGGCAGAACGACUCACCAUCGAGCUCAUCUGGCAUAUCAGUAAAUCGCUCCCGUUGUUGAUCAGUCAGAUAAAGGAGAUCCACCAGAGUGCGACAGAGGAGCUGCGCCUGUGUGGAGCCAGCGUCCCCAGCAACGAAGCUGAUAAAAUGUUCUUUCUGAUUGAGAAAAUAAAGGUGUUUAAUCAGGACAUUGAAAACUUGGUAGAAGGAGAAGAAAUUGUAAAGGGGAAAGAGACCCGCUUAUAUAACAAAAUCAGAGAGGAGUUUAAAAGCUGGAUAGUCACACUUGAUUGCAAUGCCCAAAAAGUUAAAAACAUCAUCCACGAAGAAGUCUCAAAAUACGACAGGCAGUACCGCGGCAAAGAACUGAUGGGGUUUGUCAGCUACAAGACGUUCGAGUCCAUCGUGAGGCAGUACCUGGAAGAACUGGUCGACCCAGCACUCGGGAUGCUGCAGACGGUCGUUGAAACUGUCCAGCAGACUUUCUCUGACACAGCCCAAAAAAAUUUUGGUGAAUUUUGCAACCUGAAUCAGACAACCCAGAACAAAGUGGAGAGCAUAACAGCACAUGCAGCAGAAAGAGCAGAAGGUUUGAUCCGACUUCAGUUCAGGAUGGAGCAGCUGGUGUUUUGUCAAGAUGACAUCUACAGGGUGGAUCUCACAGCGGUCCGGGAGGAGCUCUUCAACCCGGUGGCAGAACACCCGCAGAACCUGCAGCUGAGACUGCCUUUCGUAAACGGACCGUCUCCUGUUUCCUCCCUCACCGAGAUCGGGGUGCACGUGAACGCGUAUUUCAUGGGGACCUCCCAACGUCUGGCCAACCAGAUCCCAUUCAUAAUUCAAUAUUGUGUGCUCCAAGAAAGCAGAGAUCACUUGCAGAAAGCCAUGAUGCAGAUGCUGCACGGAAGAGAACACUAUUCUUGGCUGCUUCAAGAAGAGAGCCACACUUCUGCCAAGAGGAAUUUCCUGAAGGAGAAAAUUCACCGGCUGGCUGAAGCACGGCACGCUCUCAGCAAAUUCGCUCAGUCAUUACAGGGGUAAACUCCCCAAAGAACCCCAGUACUUCUGGAUUUUUGCUUCUGUCUGUCCUUGGAAGGGAGGUGGUAUAGCAGGUGGCUUCUGGUCUGGGGCCGGACUCUUCUGUCGUUGCCUGUCUCUGUCUUUGCUGUACUGCACCCUCAGUACCAGAGCUUCUGUCUGAGGCUCACGCGUGCGCAGCGCUGUCAGCUCGGCCAGGAAUCUUCCUCCCCCUCCAGGAAGAGGGGGCUGUCCAGCCCUUGUGUCCCCUAACCCCAGUUACAGUAUUCUUAACUACUGCUACCAUUCGUUGUUAAGGGAUCACCUCUCCCCCUUAGACCCUGAGACCUCAGAGGGGUAAGGUCAGUAUCCUGUUCUUUUGUAUUUCCAGAAUCUUGCAGCGUGCCCAGCACGUGGGAGCCACGUAAUACGUAUCUCAUUGAACAAAUGAAUGGGGGCCAUGACCUGAAGCUAUGGCUUCAAUCCAGACCUUGGUGGCUGGGGAUGGCAUCCCUUAGCUGGUCACUCAGAUAAAUUCGGUCAUGCCAUCUUCUUCCCAGCCUUUGCUGUGAUGGUAUCUCCCGGUCCCCAGGAGGAAGGCGGCUGAGUGGUACUGGUUUUAAUCUCUGUUGUUUCCCAUUGCAGUGAGCUCCCACGGCUCUGUUAAGUCUUCGAGAGAAACUGAAUAAGGAAAAACUUACUUUUUUAAAACAAGAGCUUGACACUAGUGGUCAUCUCUCGAUUGGAGGAUUAUGGCUAAUUUUAAUUUCUUCUUCACGCUAAGCUCCAAUGAGCUCACAGGAACUUUCAGAGGGCUAAGAGAAACCAUUUUUACACAGUAUGUGUCCCAAAGCAGGUGUUCAAAAAUGCCAACAAAUCCUCCCUCCCUCCAGUACCUCUUUUUUUCUUUACUUCUUGGUCCGCAGAGCAACCCUGACUUCUAAAGCUCCUGCAGCCAGUUCUUAGGUUGAGUUCUUUAAUACGUUCUGAGUCAGUUUUUGUACCCGGUGUUAGGUAAGCGUCCACCUUCACUCUUUUGCAUCUGGAUAUCCAGUUUCCCCAGCACCGUUCGUUGAAAAGACUGCUGUUUCCUGUUGAUCUUGGCACCCUUGUCAAAAAUCUUUCGGCCACAUAUGCAUGACUUGUUUCUGGGCUCUGUUCUGUUCCUUGUCUGUAUACCGUGUUCACGCUCUUACCACACUCUUUUGAUCAUUGUAGGAUUAUAGUAAGCCUUGAAAUGAGGAAGGGUGAAUACUCCAGCUUUGUUCUAUUUUUAUUUUUCUUUUUAAAUUUUGUUUUUAUUAAAUGUCGUGCCAAUUUGUUGUACAGCAAA